AUGGGUUUCUCCGUGAACAAUUCUGGUGUUGUUUACUGUUGUUCUUACUGUUUUGACAUUACUAUAAGUAGUUCUUUGCCUGUUCUGCCAUAUCUUGAUGGCGAUAAUUAUGCCUACUGUAAAGUUCGAAUUAUAGCUUUUCUUAAGGCGUUGGAUGAACGUAUAUGGAUUUGUGUGCAAAAUGGGUGGACUCCGCCUACAAAAAUGGUUGUAAGUGUAAUUAUACCCACUGAUAUUUCUUUGUGGACCAAAACAAACUUUGAUGAAUAUAAUUGGAAUAGUAAAGGUUUGCAUGCUUUGUUUAUGGCUGUGUCUCCUAAGGAAUUUAGGAGAGUAUUUAUAUGUGAGAUAGCUAAGAAAGUUUGGGACAUUUUGGAAAUAACCCAUGAGGGUACUAAAAUUGUGAAAAACUCUAAAUUGCAAAUAUUGACGUCUAGAUUUGAAGAAUUUAGGAUGAAUGAUGAUGAGAGAUUUGAUGAGUACUAUGCUAAGUUGAACGAUAUUGUGAACUCUAGUUUUAGUCUAGGCGAAAAGAUCCUCGAGUCGAAAAUUGUUUGUAAGGUUCUUAGAUCCCUACCUGAAAAGUUUAGACCUAAGGUAACUGCAAUUGAAGAAAGUAAGGACCUAAAUAGCGUUAAGGUAGAAAAACUUGUAGGUUCCCUCCAAAUUUAUGAAUAUCACCUUAGCACAGCCUAA